AUGCAUCUCCAAAACUACCAGGGUAUUGGAGCUCCAAUAUUUCUUUUAACUCCUCAAGUUGCUGGUUUGGGACUCACCUUAACAAAAGCAGAUCGGGUCAUAGUAGAUGAUCCAGUUUGGAAUCCAAGGUUUCAUACAUAUUUAUACAACAUGUACCGAGAAUAUCAACUUUUUUCUUUUGGUCUUCAUCUUCCGCGAGGUAUGCAUUGUUUCGUGAAGAAACCACAGAGCAACCAAUCUAUUAAAGUGAUGAUUGAACAAAGGUUGAAGAGGUCUUGCAUUUGCAGAAUACAAGUUGAAGUUAAUCAAUUAGUGUUUUGGAAAAGUGAACAAAGAUGA